AUGUCGCUGACUGUUCGGAGUCCUGAGCACGGCGCUCGAGCCUCGCGAUGUCGCAAACUCAUUCGCACAUCAGACCAUUGUUGCGGCUUCCCCUCGCAGUAUAGGCACCCCUUGGGACAUCUUGGAUACCUUUUAUUCCUCCUUGAACAUCACAAAACCGCUGGUUCGAUUCUUCGCCGAUAUUUCUGAACCUAUCACAACAAGCAACUCUCGAGCUGCAUCAUCUCUGGUCAAACCUUGCCGAGCCCAGUCUUCAAUCGAAUGGCAUCAACGAUCGUCGAAGUUAGUGCUCUUCUCUCUGAGGCCCUGGGCCCAGAGGGGGCAGCCGAAUGGAUGAAGCUAUGUAGGUUCCUCCUGUGCUCUGGUGGCUUGGUGCCAGGUUUUGAUUUUUGAUCCGACCUCGACAGACGGAGACUUUAUGAUCGAGGCUCUCGCAACCAACAAGAACCCCUACCCGAUAGCAAUCGCUUCCGUCGAAAAGGGGCUUUACCUUCGCGUUUCCGUGGCGGUGGUCAAUCAGUUCCGAUUCCUCAUUGCGCUAUUUACGGUAUCACUGGCCUUCGUCUUGCUGGGCUUUGUCUUGCGGCUCUUUCAAGGUCGAUUCUGGCUCUAUUACCGUAUCGACUCACGUGUUACGAUACCGAACAUCCUCGUGCAUUACAGCAUCUGGGCUGUGUGCUUUAUCGCUCGUGAGUUGAGACCUAUGUUGCCACCCUCCAACUUGAGACUCUGCACUGAUAAAUAAGCAAAUUUCGCCCAGUGAGCAUCUUCGGAUUGGAUACGACCAUCAAGUGUGCAUCCGGCACCCGUACACCAGGUUGGUACAUCAGUCUUCAAGGCAUCUUACCACUGGCGCUCUUUCUUGGGCAAUACAGCGAGGUCUGGGCGACCGCAGCUGGCUAUGCGAUCCGCAGGUACGGCGUGCACAACGGCGACCCGCCUUUAGUCUCGUUGGCAUUCACCUUCUUGCCAGCCCUGUGCCCCCUGGUCAUUCUCGUCCCUUCUAUUGCCACGUUCGUGCUCGCCGCGCAAAAUUUCGCACAAGUCGGGACUUCGGGUGCCGCGGUCUUGCUGUCGCUGAAGAUCUCUGCCGAGUCGUGGGUCCCCGGCGAGGGGCUUGUGCUUUCGCAACUUGAGCCAAGUUUGCACAACCUUGGACUCAUGAUGAAAGCUGCCCGCUGGCACGCGCACUACACCAAGAUUGCUUUCGCCUACACUGGUGUUUCCUUAUCCAUCAUGUUUGCAGUGAGUUUUUCCCUGACUGUCUGAGAGGACCCAGGUUGAACCCUCUUGGCUUGAGCUGAUUUCUCUUCCAUUGAACCACUUUUUCUUCUCGAACAUGCAGUUGUACGUGAUGGCCGCCAUUGUCGAAGUAGGACAGCUACGUAGUCAGGCAAAACACCUGAAGUCGAUCGCGAGAGUCGGAGCUGAGCCUGACACCGACUCUGGAGCACCUUCCUCCCCCGUGGGCUCACCCCGAGAAGCUGCCCAUCGUCUCAAUGAUCGGCCUUGUGCUCAACUCAGGUACGCUUGCAUGGACUUGUAGUCACUUACGGGACAAGGAGAAGUACUUAUGACAGACCUGCAUUUCUUGAAACACAGAGCGCAAUCCGAGCUCGUCGAAUGGGCCGCCUCGAACCGGCUCUUGACGGCGACGCUCAUUUCCUUGACGCUGCUGGUGAACGCGGCAUUCGCUUUCUGGUUCGCGACCAAGCCCAUCUCGCUCGCCAACAAUAACCAUCGUUUUUCGACAAUUGUGCUCGUAUCGGCCUGGGUCAACUCGACCCUGUUGACCUUGGUCGCAAUUCUGAUCCUUUUCCGAUCACUGGACGGCUCGAACCCAGCGGCGAAGCGGAUGAUCAAGAUCUUGCCUUGGAUGACUCGUUUGCUCCCGCCCUCGGUCGGAUUGGAUCGUCUUCAAGAUGCGACGUACGAAGAUCCGGCCAGCACGAAGCUUCAUAAUCCCAUCGAACAACCUACCACCGUGGUCAAGCUCAAGGCCAAUACGGCGCCAGCGAACGAGGACUCCCUGUCUGAGAAGAGUGCGAUGACCCAUUUCCCGCACUCUGCUCAAAGGCACUCCUUUCAUAGCUCCGAAAAGAACGCGUCGGAUAAGUCAGGAUCGAUGUCCGCUAACGGUAAUAGAUCUGUCUGA